ACCAUUAUCAGUUCACGAGAGCAUCGUUUAACAUUACAGCAACACAAAAUGGCAUUCAAAUUUGUCCUUUUGGCGACACUGCUCGCUGCCGCUAACGCUGGAGUCAUUGCUCCACACGGUUAUGCCUCUUCUCACCAAUCGAUCCAACAUCACCAUGCUGCUCCAGUCCAUCAUGUUGCCUCUGUUCACGCCGCUCCCGUUCAUCACGUGGCAGCCAUUCACGCUGCUCCAGUUCAUCACACCAUCGUGAAGGAAGUCGAGCACCACGCUCCAGCCAACUACGAGUUCUCCUACUCUGUCCAUGAUGAGCACACCGGAGACAUCAAGAGCCAGCACGAGACCCGUCACGGAGACGAAGUCCAUGGACAGUACAGUCUGAUCGAUUCCGAUGGCCACCACCGCAUUGUUGACUACCACGCCGAUCAUCAUUCUGGAUUCAACGCCGUUGUCCGUCGUGAACCAACCCACGUGAAGGUGGCUCAACCUGUGCACAAGGUCAUUGCCCAGCCAGUGCAUAUUGCAAGCCACGCAGCUCCAGUUCAUCAUGCUACCAUCUCGCACCACCAUGCUGCUCCAGCUGCCUACGUUUCCCACCACCAUGCUGCUCCAGUUGUACACACCCAAACCACCCACCAUGUUGCUCCAGUAGCCCAUGCUACCAUCUCGCACGUUGCCCCGAUUGCCCACUACAGCCAUCACGAUGGACAUCAUGCUAACAACCACUAUAGCCAUUACUAGACAGAUGUAGACUAUAGCUAGCUAAAGGACCUGAUUAUGUAACAUAGUGAAAUGCUGUUAGAAUAAAAGUACAAGUUGAUAUAUUGUAAAAAA